CGGGACAGUGCCUCCCACGUUGUCACAGUAUCGUUUUCCCUUUGUUGCCUAAUCCACCAAUUCCAUUUUUCUACCUCUGCGAAUUACAGGGUUUCGGGCUUGCCCCCGAUCCAAACUGGCCCGGCUUCCCCCUCUCGCUAGUAAACCGUCAGUGAAAAAAGGCGACGAGAGUGAGCCGUACUCGUACACGCGACCAGGUGAUCGGUGAAGUGAAAAAAGCAGCCAAAGUCCAAAUUUCAAGCGAAGAUUUCAAAGGAAGCUAGCCGCGCCUUGGCCGGAUGCACCAGGAAAUGGAGUGUAUGACACGCAGAAGUACGUAAGAGAGGCGCAUCGUAAGGAGAGAAUAGGGUGGUGUUCGAAGAGCCGGAACUCCCGAAGAGGAAAAGGUCUUCUUCUGGGAGGUGAAGGCCAAGUCUGACGGCCAGUCAUCGUCAGCAUCCGACGGUCCUUACGCGACUGUGUGCAACUCAUUGUUCCACUGCCCCAGAGAACGCGGCCUCAUGAUUGGCUCGUUCUGGAAUUUGUGCCGUGCGUGCCCUUCAAUGCCAAUUGAUAAGCUCCAUUCAGAAUACAGGAGCACUUACACAUGGCACGAAUACAAAGGACCGCACCAGGAAGCUGUCGUGCGGCGACCACCACAAGCGCCUUCGACGAAACAAACGAACGCGAAGCUUCAAUCAACCAAAUCAACCGAGGAUGAGAACAGUGAAGGACCCACCCUAGAACCGCCCUUGCCGAGGCGGAAAAAAUGUCCGGAGCUUGCCUACAGAACACACGAAUUCAUUAAUGCUGCUGACGGAGGCGGAAUCGAUGGCGUCGAUUCGAACGUCGUAGCUGAUAAAGUUAGGGAAGUUACGGCGACGUCAACGAUUCCAUCAAGUCAGUUAAGUAAGGCAAUAUCAAGAAUCAGCACAGAGUAUCGUUUACAAUUUGCCUGGCCAAGAAGGCAACAACUGACCAACGGCGAAGUAGCACCACCUGUUGCAGCUGCGGGUAGCACAGGACCUCCACGGAAAUCUCUCAGCAUGGGGGCACUGAAACAAGGAAUUCAAUCUGGGCCUGCUCCAGUUCACAGAAAACGUCCUGGUGACAUUGAUCAUAAACGAGAUGGGGCUCAUGCAUCAGAAUUGGAGCCACUUGUGGGAGCCAACGCAAUGGAUACCAUCGACGGCGUCGUUUUAGAGGGUGACGAGCACGAGGAAGAUUUGCCGGAUUUGAAAGUUUCUUUCAGGGGUGAAAAACCUGGAAGAACUGUUAAAAUAGUGGAGAAUCUGGAUACGAGGAUAAAGAAAUCUCAAAGGAAACAUUUCCCCUCAGCAAAUGUAACGGAACUCAAACGACUUGCUGAUGAGUAUAAGCAUCGUGACUGGGGCGGUGGACUAGCAACAGAGGACGAAGCAACUUUGUGGAAACGAGUCUCCAGUAAUCAUGCUCUCAAUGCACUUUCACUUGCCAGUAGGUCAGUGACAAAGGAGGAGAAGGAAAAGGAGAACACGAUGAAAGUUGCACCUGCAUCUGCACCAGUGACAAUAGCACCUGCUGGAAGACCAUCCUCCGUACAAGCUAGACCUAUUCAUGGCAUUCUCUCAGAGGACCUCAAAAUGGAUAACGAAAAGGCUAUAGCUCGCGCAAGAAGGGACUUUUUAAUUCGUCAUCAUCUCGAUCGCACUACAGGAGUCGGUGACGGAGCGUUACUUCCCUCUCCAACGAGAGAGAAGCUAGAACCUGUAAUACCUCGCCGACGCGAUGACUCAAAGGAACAUCGAGAUGAAAUUCAGCCAAGAAUGAAAUCCAGUCCGAAGAAUAGUCCUCGGACUGGACGUUCACAAAGUCUUGGACCAAGUGUUGCCGACCGUAAAUCUCCGAAACGACAGCAAUCACGGGCUCCGUCUGUUACGAAAGAUGCUAAGGAGAAAGAAAAAGAAUCAAAGGACAAAGAUCAAGAUUCAAGGGAGAAGAGUGGAGAGCGAGAAAGGCAUCCCCGACCGAUGACCGCGGAGCCGCAUGUAAACGGGGAUACAACCGGAGGAUCGAGCGUUGCGUCGACUCCGCCGUCGCAAGUAGCUGCUCCAGCGUCGACCGUAAGUCCCUGGAUCGACGACGAACCAGUGGUAAAAAGCCCUCCGGAACCAACACGCGUGAAGUCUCCGGAACAGAUGAUAAUGCGGUCACCAGAACCCGUAAAUUGGACAGUGCCUCUGGACACAGGGAAAACAUUCACUGUCACCCAAAACGUCAGGGAAGGGGAACCGCUGACAAGACCACACAGUGAGGCAAAGUCAUGGGGACCUUCCUCAUUGCCGCAAUCUGCACCACCUGAAUGGGCUCAGCACAAAUCACACCAUUCGCAGCACUCUGGUUACAAAUCUCCAGAAAGUGAAAGUGUAUCUCUUGGAAGUUUUAGCGGCACUAAUGGACAUAAAGAUCCAGAUUCGGAUAGGGGCAGCCCCUUGCCAGUACACGUUCAGUGGUCUCCCACUCCAACAAAACAUAGCAAGCACACAACCGACGAGGAAGAAGACACAGACGAUCAAAAAAUAGAACCAUCUAUAAAAACAGUCGCUGGAACGAAUCUGCGUUGUCUGGAGGAUCCUGUCUUUGAAUUCGACAGGAAGAAAGAUACUGUCCUGUCGACUUCGACAAUUCCAGCUGUCGCUGUCCCCGGACAACAAGGUUACCGUGUCCUGGAAGCAGAACCUCCUCAGAUAAGUGGGUCAGGAUAUCAUGUGCUGGAAGCUCCAGCAAUCAGUCCGGGUGCAUCGCAACGAUCAGCUGCCACCGAUGUCCUAGAAAUGGCUCGCAAUCGGUUCGACAAAUUCUGGGGAAAAGGCCCAGAAAAUUAGAGCUUAGGUUAGAGCUUCAACGAUCGGUCGUGCUCGGGAGAACGAAUUAUAUUAUAUUGCAUAAGCGCAAAGUUCAAGCUCACUCGCGUCUUAUCCGAGCUGCUUGUCACGAUAAAAGUGCGACAGCUAGUCUUGUAUCGAAUACCUUCGUCACCAUAUAUGGCUUCUUAUUUUUAGAAACCCUUCAGAAACGACGAAAGAAAAGGCUGGUACCUUGAACAAAAGAUCAAAUUUUCGCCGUUUGCACGAGAUUUUAGGAAGCUAAUCAAAACUCCCGGCGUUUCUCCUUCACCCGCACUCUUUUUCGCUAAUAAAAUGAAUACAUUCGUAGAUCGAAAUAUUAUCGGUUUUUCACAAUUUAUCAUCGCUGGAUUUAUACAAUGGAUUAGAAAAAGCGAACUGAUUUUCUUACGAUUAGAGACGUACACUCUUCCGAGUGUUGAGGGUCUUCGAUUUCGAGAUUAGUCAAUGAAUUUUUCGCCAGGUACAUCACGUUUAGGAUAUUAAUCACGCAACUCUGUUCUCAAAGUUAUCUCAUCAUAAAUCAUUAAAAUUUGGACAGUUGUAGGAAUAGAAGGUUCGUUUGUGAAACGAACAAGAUCUGACCGAUGAAGAGUCUUAGAUUCUCAUUCUAUUUGAUUUUAGUUAAUACAUCCUAGUAUCUAAGCUUUUCUGAUCAAUUUGAAGCCAAUAGGACUUUGCCAAGUGGAAUCAAAUAUAAUUUUGAGAGCAGAGUUGCAUGGAGGGUAAUAUUUAGUACUACAGUGCAGGAGCCUUCAUUGUUUCUCGUGCGUUUUAUAUGAAAACUGGAUGUAUCUACCACACGUGAUGGUACACGAGUUGUAGGGUGUUUCGUACAAUAAAAAUGUUCUUUGCUUGCUUCCUCAGUGUAGUCAACUUCCAGGAAGAAUAAAGCAGAAUCCAGCACGUGUUAGGUUUGAUAGUCGCCAAACUGAUCGACACUCCAAUGUUGUUUAUCUACAUUUAGAUAUAUAUUCAGCAGACUUGCUCUGGAUCAUAGCAAAUUGGCGGUACGCGUUUUAAGUCCGCAAGUGAUUCGUAGUGUUUUUAAUACGAUAUACUGUCAGCACCACAUCUCCAAUUCUAGGCUCAAGAAGACGGAUUGUCCUUUUUCUUAGCCCUGCAUGUGAAUCACGCUUCAUCACCCAGUGGGUACAAAACCAUGAAUAUCCCAAGAACAUCCUUGGGGCGUUCCUAAGACGUCUAAUGUCAGUCCAGUCAACGUCUCUAAGACAGCUAAUGUCUUAAAGAUGUCCUAAAGACGUCUUAAAGACAUAGAACUUUCUCGUGACAUAUUUCGUACUAGCAUUGGGCGUAUUAAGAUCAUCCCUAGGAUGACCAAAAGACAUGUUCCAAAAGACGUCUCAGGGAUGUCCCGAAGACUUCUCUAGGCCAUGCUUAACUUUCUUGCCCACUGGGCAGCUUCGCCAGACUGACUCCUCAUUUGCAUUCAAGGCUUGGGCUCUAGGAUCAAACUUGUCGCAAAUGAAUAUAAAAAAAGAACAGAGAAGCAAUGGAUUUUAGAGUUCUUGAGCAUUUUACUAAUAUUCGUCCAAAAUCUUUUCCACUAAACUUAUUGACAGGUCUUGUCUAAAAAACUGGAUAACUGCCGACAUCUAAAAAACAAAGAAAUUUAAUAAAGUAUCCGCACAGCUUUUGAAGAAAACAUGAUCCACUCAAGUUCCUUCUAUGAAUGUAAAGAGUUGAUGUUAUGCUAAUCAUGGUGGAAAUGCAGUUACUGUUCCUUAUUCCGUCUAUUUGAUACAAAAUCUGCUUACGCGUAUCUUUUUGGGUAUUUAUUCAUUAUUAACUUAGAUACGACUGUUCCAAGUUAAGUUAGUCUGUCGAUGAUUGAUACGCAUCGUCACACGUUCGAUAUUACAUCGGGGAACUCGGAAAAGCUCACAUACUUUGAUGCGGUUCACAUACGUAAAAAUCGCCUCGAUUUAUGUUCUAAAGUUCAAACAAAGAAAAUACAUAAGGGAAGAGCUUUUCUCUCUCACGCGCAUUCAACACACCAGUACACCACACUCCAUCCAAAUCCACGUCCAAAGUCCACAAUUUACCAACAUUUAGCGCAAGAGUACGCAAACUUAAUGACUGAUUGACACUCCUAAUUAACUUAUGACAUGAGCUACAGACGACGAUGGACCAUGCGAGAGAAAAACAAAAAGAGAAUGUUGAAUUUAUCAGCACUGGUAUUUUGAAAAGAAAAACUCAGUUCGAUCUGACGGAAAUGGGCAAAAAAUUUGUGAAAAUCUCAGUUUUUCCUUCUUUCUGUAUUUCAUGUCGAUUUUUUAAGGAUCUACAAGUCCAUAUAAUAUGUUGAGCAACUUAAAAACUUUUUUCGGCUGAGAUUUCAAAAUAUAAAUAGUAGAUUUUGAUUGAGAGUUGUUUCUACUCUGACCGUCCAAUUUUACGAAAAUUGACCAUUUUCUCCAUCAUAAUGUUAUUCAUCUAAUGUUAUGUCGGAUAUUUUUUAAAUUUUCAUGCGACACGCUUAAAUAACUUGGGAAAUUAAUUGUCAUUUAAAUAAAAAUAAUGUUUUCACAAAUGAUAAAAGUUUCUGAUAAAGGAAAUCAAUUCGGAGAAGUUAAAUUUCACAACCCAGUGGGCACAAAACUAUGAAAAUCCCAAGAACGUCCUUGUGAAGUUCCUAGGACGUCCUAUGUCAGACCAAUCAACAUCUUUAAGACGUCCAAUGUCCUAAAGAUGGCCUAAAGACAUGCACAUUUUUGAGACAUCUUUCGUACUGACAUUAGAUCUUUUAAGAUCAUCCCAAGGAUUACCAAAAUACAUGUUAUAAAAGACGUCUUAGGGAUGUUCCAAAGACGUCUCUAGGACAUCCUUAACUUUUUUCCCCACUGGGAACAUUUUAAUAUUAUGAGAAGCCUCGACAAUCGAAGCACAUUUUUGUAAAAUGUCUAGCAUGCUUUAAUAAAAGUUUCGAGAAAAAUUAAGCAUAUUGUUCAAAAGGAACGAACCACUCAAAAUAUGGAUAUUCGCCUGAAUUCAUUGGAUUUUAGUGAAGUUGACGAAAUUUAAAUGAAUUUGAUGAAGUACAUAUAAAUUAGAAUAAAUUCAAUGGAUGUUGAGUUUGAAUAAAUACAACUAAAUGUUAUUAAAAUUAACUCACAAUCUAUAUGACUGAAAUCGGCUAAAUUCGACUAACUGCAAGUGAGUUCGUCUAAAUUCAAAUGAAUUUCGCUAAAAUCAAGUAUAUAUUACUAAAAUGACACGGAUCUACAUCUUACAAUUAAAUUCAAAAAUUGAAUUUUACAUGGGCAAUUCAAGUGGACUCGAGUGCAUUAAACUUUAAUGUGCUUUUUUGAAAUUCACCUGCAUUUGAUUCAAUUAAAUUUAUUCAAGUUAUGCAUUUGAAUCGAUCUAAGUGAAUCUGAAUUAAUUUAAAUUAAUUUGAAUCAAUUCAAGUUAAUCUGAAUAAGUACAAGUGAAUUUGAAUACUGUCAAGUAAAUUUGAACAAAUUCAAGCAAAUUUCAAUCAAUGGAAGUAAAUUUACAUUAAUUGAAGUGAGUAUAAAUAAAUUUAGGUGAAUUCGAAUAAAUGUAAGUGUAAUUGAAUAAAUACAAGUGCUUUUAAACAAAUUAAUCUGCAGUCAAGUGAAUUAAAAAACAUUCAAGCUCAUUUGAUUAACUAUGCUUUGACUGCGAAUUUGGCUAAGUUGAAAUGAAUUUAAGUCAAUUCAAGUAACUUUGAGUAAAGUGCGCCGAUUUCAAGGAGUGUAUUGAAUGAAAUUAAGGUUAAUUUGAAUAAAUUUCGGUAAAUUUGAACAUAUAUAUUCAAAUCAAUUGCGCCAAUUCAAAAUAAUUUGAAUAAACUUAAUUGGAAUCAAGUGCAGUUAGCUCAAUUGAAUUGUAUUCAACUAAAGUCAAGUAAAUUCGAAUAAUUUAAUAGAACUCAAGUGGAUUCAACUAAAAUCAAUUUUAUUUGACAAAAGAAAAGUAUAUUUUAGAAUUUCAGCUCAGAAACUGGCGUAAGAUAAAAAAACGUAACAGAAAGAAGGAAAGGCAGAGAUAUACAAAUAAUUCAUGAGCUACAGAAUAAUUACUGUCGAAAAACUGCUGCUGAUCUUGAAAAGGUUUACAUUAUAAGGGCAACCAGAAAUGCAAAGAAAAAAUAAAGGGAGGUACAUUAUUAGCACGUGAGAUGUAAUAAAAAGACAGUGAUAUAGAAUAUAAAGCAAUCAAUGUCUUAACAUGAUAAUGAAUGAAAUUGAGUGAAUGAAAUUUUGAAAUUACCGUGAAACAGUCAAUCGUUUUCGCUUGAAUCCAGCACACGAGAAAAAGAAGGUGAGAAUGAAAAAAACGAGACCGAAUGUGUGAACGAAAGAGAGGCUACCCGGGAUUUCGUUUGCAUUCCCGCCUUAGUCUCUAUGCCUACUAUAAAUAUAGAUAGACCAUAUUAUAAUGUAUUACAAUUAUACACGAAAUAUAAAAAAAUGAAUGUAUAUACAUAUAUACAUUAUAUAAUAUAUAAUACCAUUCGAAAAGCUGACAUAAGUAAUGGCUGUGGUUGGAAAAGGAACGAAUAACAGUGAUUGAUCAAAACUCUUUUUUCAAAAUAUGCGAAUUUUCUGAGAUAGUUCCAGUAGGAGAUGAACUUUUUUAUUUUAGAAAUAAUUAUCAACAUUUCAUAUUUCAGGAUAGAAUUUAAAGUAAUUUGUUUAAAUUUUAAUACUUUAACAAGAAAAGUUGCAACGAAAUAAAAGGAAAAUAUCUGGAAAACUGGAACCAGAGAAAAAAGUUCCUUGUUUGUGAAUUCGUGUAUAUAUAUGUAAUUGUAGUAUGCAAGAAUGAUAGAAACAUUAGUUUUGAAAAACUGUAAUGAUAACCUAAUGUUCAACAGGGUACUAAUAUAGUUUUUAUAUGACAAUUAAGAUGUACUCGUAUUUUUAGAAUCAUUAAUUUAUCAGUUGUUGUUCGAAGACUUAACGUAUUAAUUUAAAUAACAGAUUAGUUAUUAAAAUGAAAAGUCAUAUUUAAUUUGUCUACUGCCACUAUUUUAUUCCGAAAGUUUGAUUUUUAUUAAAUAAAUGUUAUAAUUAUGAUGGAAAUGCUUUCUCAUAUUUUGAGAAAAAAGUUUUUGAUCUUCGCUUGAAACGCUUGUGAGAGUAUUGAACAUUGAGUAACCUAAAUAAUUUAUGACGCAUAGAUAUUCUAUAGCCGAAGGGCAUUUACGAGAAUUAUUUAUCAAUAAGUCCUGCAGAAUGAGAUAAAUUGUUUGCGCACUUUUGUAUUCAAAUUUUAGAAAAAUUGUACAUUAUUCCAAAAAUCACAACUAAUUCUUUCUUGAAAGUAUAAUAAAGAUACCUGUUUCUUAUUUCUUGAAAUAAACAGAAAUAUUUUUUUACAAUUUCUGUAGACAAAAUUAAAGCUUAAUUUCUCAAAUUAAAAGCUGUAUUUUUAUAUCAUUAUUUUUACUAAGAAUUUAAGCAAUAAUGGAUUUAAAGGUAUUAAAAAAAGAAACUUUUAAAUAGUCUAAUUACUUCGUCUAAUUUAAAAAUACGGUUGUGAUUUUUGGAUAACCCUAUAUAUAAAACCUUUGAAAAAAUUAGGCAAAGUUGUUGUGUAUUUAUACUGUAUUUGAGCGUUUAUGAAACUGAUGAGUUGCAACUACAAUUCCAAGUUUAUAAUCAGAAUAUAAUUGUGCUUUGAUGAAUAUUGAUCUAUUAACAAAUUUACUUCAGAAAACGUAAUGUUUAAAAACUUUAAAGGAUAAUAAAAUCACUGGCAAAAAAUGAUGCACGAUAAAAUAUUCGUUUUUAAAGUAACUUGCUUGCCACGAACUAAUUUUCCGAUACAGAAUACUUGGAAGGCGAGUGUCGAUCGCUUUUAACGUAAUGAAAACUUCAAUUUUUUUCAUACUUUUAGGUGCAACAAAUUUGUACUAAAUAUAACGAGUGCAAAUGUACAAAUUUAAUAUAAACGUUAUGGUGUUUUUUUAUUGAGAUAUAUUGAGCUCCAAUAUUUCUCAACAUACUUCCAUCAAAGUUUAAAUAGAGCCAAUAUUUUUGUUUAAUUAAAGAAUCUUCAGUAUUAAAAUUUCAACGCAAAAUAUUAUUUAGUCGAAAUUAACUUUUCAAAUAUUUCUGCUAUCAUAUGAAUCAAAAUUUGGAAACUGUAAAUGAGUCAGAUUGUGAGCGCUUCUGUAUCUUUUCUAAAUGUUAACAAAUACUUCAAAUGAAUGUUUAUGAACUUAAUUAACAAAAAGAAAUUUGCUAUAGACUUUUUAACAUUUCUUAAGUUUGAAUAUUUUGGCACUAAUGCGACAUUUCCUGGACAGUUUUCAUCUCCCCUUCCUGUCCAUAGUAACAUGUUAAGUUAAAAAAUUAUAUGGCGCUUGAUAAAUUUGAGUCUACACACUCCGAUUGAAUUAUGAAAGACGAUAAUUUAUUACAAUAUUGAAAAUUAUUAUGGCUAUAUAUUAUAUAAAUUAUAUAUUACUAGACAUUGAAAUACUCGUAAUAAAGA